UCUCCCCACCACCCACCAUUCAUCUACCCUCGCGUUUAUCUCUCUCUUCCCCUUCCUGGCGGCGACGGCUGGGCGAGCGGCGCCGCCCUUCGCCGCCGACGAGCAUCCACCAGGUACUCUUUUCUAUCUACCAUGUGCUGGGAAAUGAGGCCGCAGCUCGGGACUACGCGGCGCGCCAUCUGGAGAACCUGGCCCGUCCUAUGCUCACACCACAAGCUGCCCACAUCUUCCCACUCCGCAAAGAAGGUCUCCAUGGCAACCGCCUCUCUGCCGCCAGCCGAGAAGAAGAGGACGAAGAAGAAGGACACGGUCAUUGUCAUCUCAGGCCCGACCGGCGCCGGGAAGAGCAGGCUCGCGCUGGAGGUGGCCAAGAGGCUCGGAGGGGAGAUCAUCAGCGCCGACUCCGUGCAAGUCUACCGCGGCCUCGACAUCGGUUCCGCCAAGCCGUCCGCGGCGGAGAUGGACGCGGUGCCGCAUCACUUGAUCGACAUACUGGACACGACCGACGAUUACUCGGCUGGGUCCUUCUUCCGGGAUGCCCGCAGAGCGACGCAGGAUGUUCUUGACAGAGGCCGGGUGCCUGUUGUUGCUGGAGGGACUGGGCUCUACCUGCGGUGGUACAUGUACGGCAAGCCAGAUGUCCCGCAAUCGUCCAUGGGCAUCACUUCAGCUGUGUAUUCUGAGCUCGUCAGUUUCCGGGAGAGCGGACAGUGGGAGGAAGCGGUGGAGCUAGUGGCCCGGGCUGGUGAUCCCAAAGUUUUGGACUUGUCCGUGAAUAACUGGAAAAGGUUGAGCCGCAGGCUUGAGAUUAUCAGGUCAUCAGGCUCCCCUCCGUCUGCCUUUGCCUUGCCAUACAAUUCAUUUCAUGAGCAGCAUGACCCCGAGCUAACCGAGUCCUCCGCUGACGGAAACUGUGAAGCCACGAAGCUGGAUUAUGACUUCUUUUGUAUAUUCCUUGCGAGUCCACGCAUCGAACUGUACAGGGCACUUGAUUUGAGGUGUGAAGAAAUGCUGGCUGACACAGGAGGUUUGCUUUCAGAAGCAUCAUGGCUGCUUGAUAUCGGUCUGCAUCCGAAUAUGAACUCUGCAACUCGGGCCAUUGGUUACAAGCAAGCCAUGGAGUACUUGCUGCACUGUAGGCAGAAUGGAGGUGAAAGCACCCCGCAAGAGUUCCUCAAGUUUCUUGCCAAGUUUCAGAGUACGUCUAGGAACUUCGCAAAGAGGCAGCUAACCUGGUUCCGCAAUGAGAGGAUCUACCAGUGGGUCGAUGCUUCACAACCCUUCGAGCCAGUUGUUCAAUUUAUUUGUAAUGCUUACCAUGACCCUGAUGCAAGGGUGGUUCCUGAAUCACUUGAAAUGAAAAGGGAAAGUUGCAUACACAAAACCCAGGAUCUCAAAACCUAUCGCUCAGUGAACAAGGUGUUCCGUGGGGAUGAUAACUGUUCUCAUGUUUUGGAUUGGAUUAGGAGAACACAGGGGAAAUGAGGUCUAGUUCUACUCUCUUGUCAUGUUUUUUUCCACCUUGAAAAUGUCCUGCUUUUGGGUGCGUUGACCGUUUGGCGGAGGAUUUUUUUUAGGGCAAUACAUAGAUAAUUCAGGAUUUCAGUUUAUAGGUUUAAAUUUAGUUUUUCAUCAGAGUGCAAAUGCCUUGGCAAAGUGCCACAUUGGAAUGAAAAGUCAGGUUGCUUCUUUGGAAUCUCCCUCUUUGAACUUUGUAAGGAGCUUGGAUGCUAUUUUCUGGGGUGCACUGAAUUUCGUUAUUCCUUUUAGCUGGAAUUGAAUAGCAUACUUUGUGAAAUUGAGAUGAUAUGUUUUGAGUACUA